CUCAAAGCCCAGGCCUCAGCAAGAAGAGGACGAGGGCGACAGCGAGGAGGAGAACCGUUCUCCAGCAUCGCCGGUUUUCCCCAGUCUCUCCGACGUCAUCCGUCCUCCCAGCAAGGGCCAGGCGUUAACGGCUUUGCCCGCGCGCACUUUUUCCGCACCGUCUAGGCUGGACGAGUCGAGCAGUUCUGAGGAGGAGUUUGCGUCGCUGUUGGAGAGGCUGAGAAAGAAUAACAAAUACAAUCUCACCGGCACCUCGCUCACCCCAAAGCCCGUCAAAGGAUCCGAGGCAAAGCUUGUGGUCUCGGCUCCUGCUGUGAAAACAUUUGCAGUGCCAGUCUCGAAACCACUAAAGGAAAAACCUCUAGAUGCAAAACCCCAAGGAAAGGCCUCCAUCGUGAAGCCCGUCAGUCAGACGGAGCCCAGACCCGCUGCGAUGAGCCGGAUCAGGGUGUGUAAGACCCCUGGCUGCUUCCUGGAGUCGCUCACAAUUCCCGGCUCCACAUCUGGAUCCACUUUCAAGACGAAUAAGGAAGAACUCACAAGCAAACUGUACCGGCUCUACAACAGCACUAUAUUCGACAACCAGCUUCCCACCACGAUGUCUGUAACCUGGAAUAAGAAGAUGCGUAAAACGGCCGGGCACUGCAUCACGGGGAGGGAAAAAGGCGGAGGGCCGCGCUACGCUCGCAUCGAGCUGUCGGAGAAAGUCUGCGACACUGCAGACCGUCUCAGGGACACGCUGAUCCACGAAAUGUGCCACGCCGCCACGUGGCUGAUCAACGGCGUGAGGGACGGGCACGGAAACCUCUGGAAGCUGUACGCACGCAAAGCCACGACCAUGCACCCCGAGCUGCCCAUGGUGACGCGCUGCCACAGCUACGACAUCACGUACAAGUUCAAGUAUCAGUGCAGCCGCUGCCAGAAUACGAUCGGCCGUCACUCCAAGUCGCUCGACACGGCGAAAUUUGUGUGUGCCCUCUGCACGGGUCAGCUGGUCUUACUGACUCCUUCCAAGCCACGCGCUCCCACGCCUUUCGCCACGUUCGUCAAGGAGAAUUAUGGGAACGUGAGGCAGAAGCUGGCGGGGCAGAGCCACGCCGAAGUGAUGCGGAAGCUGAGCGCCGACUUUGCCUCAAAGACCAAACUUGGUGAGAGCUAGGCGAGCAGAUUCACUGAAAACCUCUUACCUCAAGCAAUGCCUCUCAACUGUCUGGGUUGCUGGAAUAUUAUCUUAACUCAUUUUUUUUAUUGGUGGCUGUAACUGGAAAUGUGAAUAAGAACAGCAAGGUUUACUACCUGCUAUAUUUUUGUGCAUUGUAGAGGUUAAUAUUUUCAUGUAUUUUUCUUAAUUGACUUUAUACUGCCUUUCUUUUUUUUUUUUUUUUUUUUUACCAUUAAUAAAUUUAGAAAAUAAAAAUUUACAACAUUAUCAGAACCAACAUUUGACAUCUUGUUCAUGUAAAAAGAAAAGUCACCUUGGAUUUGAGACUUUUUUUGUUCUUCUUCAGCUCCCUAUGUUUUUCAGCAAUGCGUAAUAUUUAAAAAAUAAUUUUUAUAAACGACUUUAAACCUUUUGUUUUAUUGUUAUAUAUUUUUUACCAGGGUGUUUUUUUUUGUGUGUGUGUUUUCAGAAAAUUACUGAAAAAUCUGCAGUCAUGAAGUGAUUUUUAAAUUUAAUGGGAGUUGUUUACUUGAACGCUGCCCUGGCUCCUCUCUGUACGAUGUUCUCCACAUCAGUGGGGGAAACAUCUUCUCUAGUAUUUUGGGAACAUUAAUCAAUACAAGGGAAGUUUUCAGCGAUCACAAACCGUGUUUUAAGGCCUCUGUAACCAAUGCAAAAAAUGAUUAAGUCCACGUUUGAACCAUCAAUCUAUAUUGCACUUUAGUCUUAGUCUAAGGUGGCCCUAAAUAAACAUGGACUGAUGACCGUUUUCAAGCUGUGCUAGGUUAU